AAAAGCUCGAAUCAAGCGAUAAAAACUUACGUGGUAUACAGCUUUAAAAGAUGUCCCCAUGAACAAAUAGUACUUUUUGACUUCUAAGAAUCUCAUGGUGAUUCACCGAACAUAAAGUACAGCUUUAUUCGAAAACAAUAGCCAUUGCUAUCAAAUCUGAAUCAUCUGAAAAGUAAUUCGUCAAGGCUUCUGAGAAUUUUUGGCGAUUACACUAAAAUAAAUAUGAAUACUUGCGCACAAGAAAAUGGAACAGUGUUAGCUAAAAUAAAAAUAAUAAAAGUUAAAAAUGCAGAGACUACAAUAAAUCCCGUUAGCAAAUUGAUAAACAAAAACCAAAACUGGUUGUGCGAAUUUUUGCAAAUUAAAGUAGCAAUUUGAAAUGCCAAAUCAGAAUUUGCAACGCAAAAUCACGAUUUUCGCAAUGCCACGCAUAAACCCGUGUCCGUGUUUUGCCACGUUGUACAAGUGUGUGUGUGUGUCUUGGCGCUCUUCUUCUUUGCCACGCAGCGACAUCGCCUCGAUUCGAAUUACCUUUGUUUUUGUUGGCAUUCUCCAUGUUUUUGUUGCUGCAUUUCGGUUUCGUGUUCCUUUUUUGGGCGUAUGUGUGUAUCAGAGGGGAGAGGGUCGUCGACGAGAGAGCGCGAAAGAGAGAGCCGGCACAAAAGACUAAAACAGCUGAGUGUAUCCUGUAAAUUGUUUAAAUUAAAAAUGUUGGACAAACAGUGAGUAAAAAACAGAAAUACACUUGUGAACCCCGAGAAACAACGAUCGAGGUGCGGGAAAGAGUAGCACAAGUAACGUAGUUUUUCCCAUUGAAAAACAGCAAAGACUAGGUUAAAGUUCCCCGGAAGAAGAGCCAACUGUUACCCUUAAAUGCCCGAUAAGAGUACCGCGAAACAAUAAACCAAAUCAAUAAAACACUAACAUUUGAAGACACGGGAAACCCAACAAUCCACCAUGUAUCGCAUCAGUCCAAUUGGACGCAAGUCGAACUUCCACUCGCGCGAGAAGUGUCUGAUUGGACUCGUCCUGGUAACGCUGUGCUUCCUCUGCUUCGGCGGGAUCUUCCUGCUGCCGGACAACUUCGGCAGCGACCGCGUCCGGCGCGUCUACAAGCACUUCCAGAAGGCCGGGCCGGAGAUCUUCAUCCCGGCCCCGCCCCUCGCCGGCCACGCCCCGCACCGCAGCGAGGAUCCGCACUUCAUCGGCGACCGCCAGCGCCUGGAGCAAAAGAUCCGGGCGGAACUGGGUGACAUGCUGGACGAGCCGCCGGCUGCCGGCGGCGGGGAGUCCGGCCAAUUCCAGGCCCUGCCCCAACAGGCCCAAGCUCCGGCUCCGGUCGAUCAGCAGGAGGACCAGGAGGAGGGGCAGCACGCCGCCAUUCCCGUCCUGGCCGCGCCGGUCCAGGGAGACAGGGCCGCCGCAGUCGCCAGCCAGGCGGCCUCAUCAGCGUCCCAUUCGCAGAGUCCCGCCCAGCACAGCCAGCAACAACUGCCCAUGGGAGGCGGGGGCAAUGACCAGGCGGCGGACACGCUGGACACCACGCUGGAGGAGCGACGUCAGAAGGUCAAAGAGAUGAUGGAGCACGCGUGGCACAACUACAAGUUGUAUGCGUGGGGCAAGAACGAGCUGCGUCCGCUGUCGCAGCGUCCGCAUUCAGCCAGUAUCUUCGGAGCCUACGACCUGGGGGCCACGAUUGUCGACGGCCUGGACACGCUGUACAUCAUGGGACUGGAGAAGGAGUACCGCGAGGGUCGCGACUGGAUCGAGCGGAAGUUCUCGCUGGACAACAUUAGUGCGGAGCUGAGUGUCUUCGAGACGAACAUUCGCUUCGUGGGCGGCAUGCUGACGCUGUACGCCUUCACGGGGGAUGCGCUGUACAAGGAGAAGGCCCAGCACGUCGCCGACAAGCUGCUGCCCGCCUUCCAGACGCCCACGGGGAUUCCCUACGCCCUGGUCAACACCAAGACCGGCGUGGCCAAGAACUACGGCUGGGCCUCGGGAGGCAGCUCCAUCCUGUCCGAGUUUGGCACCCUGCAUCUGGAGUUCGCCUACCUGAGCGACAUUACCGGCAACCCACUGUACCGGGAGCGCGUGCAGACCAUCCGCCAGGUGCUCAAGGAGAUCGAGAAGCCCAAGGGGCUGUACCCCAACUUCCUCAACCCCAAGACGGGCAAAUGGGGACAGCUUCACAUGUCCCUGGGCGCCCUGGGCGACAGCUACUACGAGUACUUGCUGAAGGCCUGGCUGCAAUCCGGCCAAACGGACGAGGAGGCCCGCGAGAUGUACGACGAGGCGAUGGUAGCCAUUCUGGACAAGAUGGUGCGAACCAGUCCCGGCGGACUGACCUACGUCUCCGACCUGAAGUUCGAUCGGCUGGAACACAAGAUGGACCAUUUGGCCUGCUUCUCAGGCGGCCUUUUCGCCCUGGGAGCUGCCACGCGUCAGAAUGACUAUACGGACAAGUACAUGGAGGUGGGCAAGGGCAUCACGAACACCUGCCACGAGAGCUACAUUCGAGCACCCACUCAGCUGGGUCCCGAGGCCUUCCGAUUCAGCGAGGCCGUGGAGGCGCGAGCACUGAGAUCGCAGGAGAAGUACUACAUCCUGCGGCCGGAGACCUUCGAGAGCUACUUUGUGCUGUGGCGCCUCACGCACGACCAGAAGUACCGCGACUGGGGCUGGGAGGCGGUGCUCGCCCUUGAAAAGCACUGCCGCACGCCGCACGGAUACUGCGGCCUGCGCAACGUCUACCAGCAGGAGCCGCAGAAGGACGACGUCCAGCAGAGCUUCUUCCUAGCCGAGACGCUCAAGUACCUGUACUUGCUGUUCUCGGACGACUCGGUGCUGCCGCUGGACGAGUGGGUGUUCAACACGGAGGCCCAUCCGCUGCCCAUCAAGGGGGCGAAUGCGUACUACAGGCAAGCCCCCGUAACGCUGCCCGCCUCGAACGCCUCGUAAGCGGGCUGGUUGCUGCCUCGCUGGCUCCUCGGCCUGCCCCUAGCAAUGCACCUUACUUAGCUCUCGAUAUUUGCAUACUUAUGCCGUGUACCACAUUGUAACUUUGUUUUUUUUUGCCUUUGGUUUAAGUUUUUAGUUUAGUGACGUUUACGUGAUGACGACAAGUGCGUACGAAAGAUAUUGCAUGUUUACAACACACACGCGACGCGAGAAACUUUCAAUGUAACAUAUUUAUGAAGCCUGCACAUAUAUAGGAACUUAAACUAAUGGAAAUAUCGUAGCUUAGUCCUUAACUGUUUGCACAAGUUUCUCCGAGUCUCUCUCUUUUUAUUUACCCCACGGGGUAUGUAACAAUCCAAAUAGAUGACAGAGGUUGACGCUGGGGAGACCUCAAUUUCCAUUUAAAGCGAAAGCAAAAGCGAACGAUGUAGACUUAGCCAACUCUCUUGAUAUUAACUAUGAUAUGCGAUAGGCGAUAUGCGAUAUAUGAUAUAUGUGUAAAUGUAAAACUCAGGUGUUCUUAUUAUGAUUUACCUUGCGCUCGAACAAGGCUCUUUCUCACUAACCAGCUACGUAACUAUCUCUACAAGCAUUCUAUAUCUCUGUGUGGAUUAGUGGAUUAGUGGAUUAAUGUAUAAACGGCCUCUUGGCGGGCAUUUCGAUAGGUCCAGAGACCUACUCCGCUGAUUUCCAAUUCGAAUCUUAGACCACUUUGUUUUGUAUAUAAUUUCUAUUGGCUUUCCUCGCAAAAUGAAGGCAGAAGAAAUCGAAUUGAUAUGUAUACAAUAUAUAUUCUUACACAAUACUGUUUACUUUGUAGCCUAAAUAUUUAAAGAUAAGUCUAAUAUAGAGUGUAGCUACUUUAUGUGACGAAACAAAUGUAACGCGAAUUACCUUAAAUCCAGAACAUCAAGCGAAACGAAAGCAAAUGAAAUAUAUAAAAAUGUACACCUAAAUAAAUAUAUAUUUGUAUUUAAUUAAAUCAAAUAAAACGUAGGCAAUUGUUAAAGUAAAUUAGUUAUACGAUGGCGCGAGCCGAAUGCGAAUGGUAAUUUAAUUUUUAACAGCUGUAAAGGUUUUUUAUAAUAAUAAUACCAAUAAUAAUCGUAUUUAUAAUUCUAUUUAUAACUGUAAUCCAUAGACUAAGCCACAAGCAUCGCAUGAUAAAUAAAAUAUAGAAGUUA